AUUUUUAACUUGUUUACUUUUACACGAUAAAGUAAUUUCUACUUGUUUGUUUACCAAGUGAACUGCAAUAAAAAAUUAAAAUCAAAUUUUUUUACUGAUUUUUCGAGAAUUUCUUUCAAAAGUUUGACUGAUUUGCUCCAAUAGAGCUCAGAUCUUUUGGAAGUCAAGAGUUUGAAAGAUUAAACAUUCUCAUCUUAUGUUGACUUAACGUUGAUUGCAAGCUAACAUGAAGUCAUUAUUGUUGAAGCAUGCCGGCUAUUUACCAUUUCUCUCCCUUAAAUAUUCAAAAUACCUGCUGAAUAAUUUGUAUCGUAAUUUCUCCACAACGAGCUUCUUCUUCAAACAGGAAGAGCUUUUUCCGCAAAGAUUAGUUUUGCCGGAGUCACAUGGCUACACACCUGUAUUAUCACCUGCUCAGGUAACUUCGAUGCUAACCAGCAACCAAGCUACACAUCACUAUCCGGUGGGUGGACCAGUCACUCGUUUUGACAGCAGUCAGCUUUCUUCAAACAAUCCCAUUGAAGACAGAAGAGCUGUUGGCAAGCUAGUUCAGACAGGAGGUUUACUUUUCGGAGUGUUCGAUGGCCACGGAGGAGCUGCCUGUGCUCAAGCUGUCAGUGAAAGAUUAUUUGAUUACAUUGCCUUGUGUUUGCUGAGCCCCAAACAGUUGGAGCAUUACAGUAGACUGAUGAGAACUUCAGAGCCCCUGUCUCUUCUUGAUCUGUAUCGCUUUCAAAAUGAUUAUUUUAACGAGGAUCUUGUGGAAUUUUAUUCUCAAAGUUUGCAGAAGUUUGUGGUGGAACAUUUAAGCACUACUGGUCUUGAAGAUGAAAAUGAUGAAAUUGCUAACAGCAUUAUAGGCUACUUGAAGACUGCAUUCAGACGUUUAGAUGAUGACAUUUCAUAUGAAGCUAUGCCUGUUGGUGGGAAAAUAAAUGAAGAUCUUAUGUCGAUCGCCAUGUCUGGUUCCUGCUGUUGCACGGUGCAUAUAUUGGGGAAAACACUGCACACAGCAAACAUAGGUGAUUGCAGAGCAGUUGUCGGUAGCCUGGGGCAAGAUGGUCAUUGGGUUCCAAAAGUUUUGACUGUUGAUCACAAUGUUCAUAACGAAAAAGAGGCUAAGAGAAUUCACGAUUCGCAUCCUAAAUCAGAGUGGAUUUCACUCAUUAGAAAUGGUCGACUUCUGUCGCAAUUAAUACCUGUCCGAGCUUUUGGUGACGUACGAUUUAAAUGGCCUGUGAAAGACUUGAAAAAUUUAGUUUCAUUGCUGGGCAACAGUCCUUACGCUCAGAGUAUAAUACCGGCACACUACUAUUCACCUCCCUACUUGAUAGCUCGUCCGGAAGUGAAAUCGCACGAAUUGACGGAUUCUGAUCACUUCGUCAUUGUAGCAUCAGAUGGACUUUGGGAGAUGUUGUCAAACGAAAAAGCCGUCGAAAUAGUCGGCGACCACAUCACCGGCAAACAAGCCACCGAUAAAUCUGUCGAUAGAGAACGAUUCACGCUCGGUGAAAUUAAUCAAAUAUUACGCGAGAGGCGACGUGGCGAGGCUCACCGCACAACAGACAGCAACGGGGCCGUCCACCUUUUGAGGCAUGCACUCGGAUACGAACAUCGAAAAGUUUCAGAAAUGCUCACUUUUCCGCCUCAAAUUUCACGAUCCUAUCGAGACGAUAUCACAAUUAUUAUUGUUUAUUUCGACACGAAAUUUCUUGCAAAACAAUAAAACUUCGAAUUAUUUUUUAUAAAGAUCAAAUUCCUUACGUAGGGAUGGUUUUAUUGUUAAUCUCAUUUCAGUUGUACGCGUGCUCAUAUAUUUAUUUUAAAAUAAUAUUCAUUUGCUGCAACACAAAGCUUUCGAUCGGUUGGACUCAUGGGAUAUACAUGGUUGGACCACAUGAUAAACAGUGGAACCGACCAAUCGUUGAAUUUUGUUUAGAUUUCAAAUUUGUUAUGGUAAUUAAUUUUAUCAUUAUUUAAUUUAUUAUCGUUAAUUAUUUAAAAUCUGUUGAAGCUGUCUGUUUUUAUUUGCUGGUAGUAAAGUUGCCUAUGUAUUCUUAGAAUUUUCUAUCUAGGUUAUUAAACUCAAAUUUGGAUGGAUGUUGGGAUUUUUUAAUAAAUCAGAAGUUUUAUUCGUUUCCACUUAGAUCU